CGGUCACACCAACAAGUCUCUCCAGUUUUGAAAAAACACCCGUUCCCCGCCAACGUGGUCCUUUUAUACCCUCACAAAAAUACAACAAAAUAAAAUCACACAUACAGUACUCAUCUCUCCCAUUCCAAUUUGUACUACAAAAAAAUAUAUAUUACAACAACAAUUAUGUGAUCGUCGCAUUGUAACAGAUCGAUAGAUUUGAACUUUGUUCGUAUUUGAACUGAUUAGUUGGAUCGCGCGGAGUGUAAUGGGAGGAGGUGGAGGAGGAGAGGGUAAUUUAAUGGGAGUUCUAGUGCCGACUGUGAACGCCGGUGAAACUUCAGCUCCGGCGGCUGGGACGGAGGUGGUGGUGGUGGUGACGGAGGAAGAGGAGGUGGAUAAGGAUAUAUUGUGUCCGAUAUGUAUGCAAAUUAUCAAGGAUGCGUUUCUAACGGCGUGUGGACAUAGUUUUUGUUAUAUGUGUAUUGUUACUCAUUUGCAGAAUAAAAGUGAUUGUCCUUGUUGUUCUCAUUAUUUGACCACGAAUCAUCUUUAUCCUAAUUUCCUUCUUAAUAAGUUAUUGAUGAAGAAAUCUGCUCGCCAAAUGGCCAAAAGUGCUACACCUGUGGAACAACUGCGCCAAGCAAUACAACAGGGAUGCGAGGUGUCUGUUAAAGAGCUGGAUAGUCUAUUAUCGCUUCUUAUGGACAAGAAAAGAAAAAUGGAACAAGAAGAAGCUGAAACAAAUCUUCAGAUUCUGCUCGAGUUUCUCCAGUGUUUAAAGAAGCAAAAAGUUGAAGAGCUUAACGAGAUCCAAAAUGAUCUCCAGUACAUCAAAGAAGACAUAAAUGCUGUGGAGAAGCGUAGAAUAGAGUUACAUAGGACAAGAGGUAGAUAUUCUGCGAAAAUGAGAACGCUAGUAGAUGAUUCAUCUGCAAUGACAGUCAGGCCUCCAUUGAGAGAUAAGGGAAGUGGUGCAAUUGUUUCUAGUCCUGUUAACUUACAAGAACAAGGUCGUGCUGGCACUUCACAGACCAGGAAUACUGAUACAGGAGCUCCUCGGAAUUCCCAAAUUGUGCAACGGAAGGAUGACAACCACGGUGGAUCAGAUUCACAGGACCCUAAUCAACCUGGAAAGUCAUUAGCAAGGAAACGGCGCGUUCAUGCACAGUUCAAUGAGCUUCAAGACUGUUACCUACAAAAGAGGCGUUAUUGGGCAAGACAGUCGCAGAAACAGGGAGAAAGAGUAGCAAAUAUCAAGAAUAGAGAAGGUUAUUCUGCGGGACUUGAGGAUUUUCAAUCUGUUUUGUCUACCUUUACGCGAUACAGUCGUCUGCGGGUUGUUGCUGAACUCAGGCAUUCUGACAUUUUUCACUCGGCCAAUAUUGUUUCGAGUAUUGAAUUUGACCGAGAUGAUGAAUUGUUUGCUACUGCUGGGGUGUCACGAAGAAUUAAGGUCUUCGAGUUUUCAUCAGUGGUAAACGAACCAGCUGAUGCGCAAUGUCCCGUUGUUGAAAUGUCUACCCGAUCUAAACUAAGUUGUUUGAGUUGGAACAACUACACUAAAAACCACUUAGCAAGCAGUGACUAUGAGGGCAUAGUAACGGUUUGGGAUGUUACAACUCGUCAGAGUGUGAUGGAGUACGAGGAGCAUGAAAAACGAGCAUGGAGUGUUGACUUUUGUCGUACUGAACCUUCUAUGCUUGUAUCUGGUAGUGAUGAUUGCAAGGUCAAAGUUUGGUGUACGAAGCAGGAAGCUAGCGUUCUUACCAUUGACAUGAAAGCUAACAUUUGCUCGGUGAAGUAUAAUCCUGGAUCCAGUGCUCACAUAGCUGUGGGUUCUGCAGAUCAUCACGUUCACUAUUACGACUUGAGAAAUAUUAGCCAGCCACUAUACAUUUUCAGUGGACACCGUAAAGCUGUUUCAUAUGUAAAAUUUCUAUCAAACUAUGAGCUAGCUUCUGCAUCAACCGAUAGUACACUGCGUUUGUGGGACGUCAAUGAGAAUGUUCCACUGCGUACGUUUAAAGGACAUACAAACGAGAAGAACUUUGUCGGUCUUACAGUAAACAGCGAAUACCUUGCAUGUGGAAGUGAGACAAAUGAAGUCUUUGUCUACCACAAGGCGAUUUCUAAACCAGCAGCUCGGUACAGAUUUGUUUCUGAUGAUCAGAAUGAUCCAGACGGGGACAUGGGAUCAUUUUUCAUCAGUGCUGUUUGUUGGAAACGUGACAGCCCAACAAUUGUUGCAGCAAACAGUCAAGGUACUAUAAAAGCACUUGUUCUUGCUGCUUGAUCAAACAAUCAAACUACACAUGAUCGAUCAUAUUGGAAUGAUCGAUAACGUUUGACUGAUGAGUAGACUCGUUGAAAAGGAAAAGAAGUCUGAGUUCUCCAUUGUACAUGAAUGACCAGAUUAUUAGGCUAACAUUGGUUUCCGAUUUUGGUGGUUCCUUAUAACGUCUGUUUGAUGGGAACACAGAUCUAGCUUUUGACGUGUGUUAAAUAGUAAACAACUACGCUUCAAUCACAAACUGAUUAUAGAGUAGUAGUAGUCACAUAAUUCUUAUAGUUUAUGUAUUCUCUCUUUAAUGGAGUUGUAUUUAUACUUUAUAAUAUAUAGAGAUCAGGAUAGUAGACUGAAAAUUGUAGUGAAAAAAUGAAUUUCACUUGCUUAUGUAAAAAAUAACUAUUUUGCCAGCUUUACCAUGUAAAACAUUAUUUUCACACUUCCUAUUCUUUU